AUGGCUUCCUCUAGUGGGAUAUCGUCAGGUACAUCUGGUGUACAGAACUCAUGCUCUGAAGAAGAUCUGCAGCAGCAGUUGAUGGAUAUGAGGAAGAGGAAGAGGAUGAUCUCUAACCGCGAGUCAGCUCGUCGCAGUCGGCUGAGAAAACAGAAGCAAUUGGAUGAUCUGAUGUCUCAGGUGGCUCAGCUGAGGAAGGAAAACAGCCAGAUCCUCUCCAGCAUUAAUGUCACCACUCACCAUUAUCUCAACGUUGAAGCCGAAAACUCAAUCUUUAGAGCCCAAGUGGCUGAGCUGAACCAUCGGCUUCAGUCCCUGAAUGAGAUUAACAGUUUCUUAACUGGAGCCGUAACUGGAGUCGAAGAGCCUUAUUUCAUUAAUGAACCUGCUGAUGAAUUAAUGAACAAUUCUUGGAAUUAUCUUAAUGUUCAUCAGCGUAUUAUGGCUUCAGCAGAUAGUUUGUUGCAGUAUUGA